UCUUCACCGACUCAAAGGGUAACAGGUCUGGUAGAAAAUGUCUCACCCUUUUCUUUAUUUAUUUACAAGUUUUUUUUCUCUUUAGGCUCAGUGUAUCUGUGAAUCCACCACAAGUGUUUCUCGUUGAGCCACCGUUGAUCGAUGGCGUGAAGAAGCCCUGACUGUAGGUGUGUGACGCCCGAUGCACCUGCGACCAUUCAUGCUGCCUGCCUGUCUGGCUGACAGCAGGACAGAGAGGAGGAAAGGGAAGCUCAAAUGAGUGAGAGGCAGGGGGCAGGGAGGAGGAGGAGGAGUGACAGAAUGAUAGAGUGAAUUAAUUCAACCUUCGCCAGAACCUGAUUGACUCGGCAACAACCUGGCAUGUGCACUCACAGUGACACCAAAGCCACGGAGAGAGAGAAGAGGAAUGACAUGUCCUUCUCCAGAAAGAGAAGUUUCACUUUUGGUGCUUAUGGAGGAUAUAAGUGAUCCAGUGAGCUUCAGAUGAUCUGUUUUCCUCUCUGAGUACUUCUCACCUCCUUGUUUACAGUGUGGACAGAUUUGCAUGUGGGGAUGAGAUGAGACCCGAUUCUGCAGAGGACAACUUGAUGGACACCGUGGACUCUCCUGCCAGUGACAGCAAGCCUUCCCUCUCCUCCAGCAGCAACCUGCGGGUGAUAUCACUAUCAUGUUCAGCAUUCACGCUCCCCUCUUUACUCUCAUAGAAUCGACUUACUGCAUUUCUCUCCCCCAUUCUGUGAAUCUGGGAAGUUACUUUCCACUUGCAGCCGAGUCAUUUGUCAUGUUCCUCUUCCUCCUCUUUUCUCUCCGUCUGCAUUUCUGUCUGGCGCCUGCUGCCUGUUGCUCAUAUCAGGACACGGAGCUGUUUGAAAUCAUUGAAAAGCUGCAGGGCAGCAGGAUCGAUGAGCAGCGGUGUGAAUUUCCUCUCCCUCUGAAGUCUCAGGUUCUAACACUAGGCGGAGAACUGCCGCUCAUUCUCACUUCAGAGUUGGGGGGCUACUGGAUAGACCCCCAACUGGAGCGGCUCGUGGAUGUGAGUCCCACCUCCUCCCACUAUGGCAUUGAUCCAGGGUGCUACGACAUCAUGGAAAGAGACGCAGAGGCCAAAGUCUACCGUGACUUCUUCUGCUCAAGGUAUCAUCAUUCAUUCACAGCGGUGGAUGUGUCGCUGGGGCCACUGGUUCUCUCUGUGUGUUUGGAGGAAGAGGAGAACAGGCUACGGGUGAUUCUGAGAAUGAAGGAGUGCUCUCUGCACGGAGUUUUCUCUUCGUCUCUCUUCCCCAACAUCCCAUCUGCUGUCGAGUUAGCAAAGAUGCUAUGUGACAGAGUGACCGUCUCAAAGUUUGAAGUGGUCAGCUACCUCAAGGCUCCAGAACUGAUAACUGCGUUUGACGAGCACAGAGUGUCUCCUAAUUUCAAGUUUGGCAUUUUGUACCAAAAGGAUGGACAGUUGACCGAAGAGGACAUCCUCAGUAACAAUGACGAAAGUGAAGAGUUUAAAGAGUUCCUUUCUCUUUUGGGAGAGACGAUUCAGCUGCAGGGAUUUACCAGGUUCAGAGGAGGACUGGACGUGUGUCAUGGUCAGACAGGAAGUGAAGCAGUCUUCACUUCCUUCCAUGGACGAGAAAUCAUGUUCCAUGUCGCAACCAAGCUGCCUUUCACGGACGGAGACCCACAGCAGUUACAAAGGAAAAGACACAUCGGUAAUGACAUCGUAGCUCUGGUCUACCAGGAGGGUCAAACCCCGUUUCUCUCUGACGUCAUCAAGUCUCACUUCCUGCACUGUUUCCUGGUGGUGCGGCGGAUUCACAGGGCGGAGGAGUCGGAUGGAGCUGCGUACCAGGUGUGUGUCACAGCCAGAGAGGAUGUUCCUCCUUUUGGUCCGGUCAUCCCAGAUCCCCCCCUCUUCACAGAUCGUUCUCUGCUGAGAGGAUUUCUUCUGACCAAGCUCAUCAAUGCAGAGAUCUCCUGCUACAAGGCCGAGCGCUUCAGCAGAUUGGAGCUCCGGACUCGUUCGUCGCUCCUGGAGAGCUUGCAGGCUGAACUCUCUACCCGUUCCCAGUGCAUGAUGGGAGAUCCAUCCCUGUCUUCUCUCGCCUGCUCUGAAGGCGUGCGGGUUGUGUCUGAGGGGAGUGGAGGAUUCAUUGAGAACUUUAAGAGAGCCAUCAGAGUGCGGAGCCAUUCUUUUGACACUCUUGGGGUCCCAAGGAAAAGUGGUGUCACCGCAUCACAGAGGCCAAGGGCAGAGAAAGAUGGAGAGAGUGACAAAUCUCCAGGACCUCAGCCUUCUCUCACUGACAGUUAUGGACCAGCUGAACUCAAGGAUCAAACUAGUCCUCAAGAGGAGACAUAAAAAUGCUUUUUAAUUUAUAGAUUUUAGACAUAAGUGUACAUAUAGAUCUUUCUAGCCGAUAUAGUUCAUACUUUACUAUCCAGAUAGAUGAAAUAUGUAAAUAGAAUGUAAAAGCAAAUAGUACUGCUGAGAAUAUAAAUAAUUAAUUGUCAUAGUAGUAAUAUUUUCGAUUUCUUCAAAUUGUACUUCAGAGAAAUUUACAACAUAUUAAACGACCGAAAAAGGCCUGGAUUAAAAAAAGUUACUUCA